AUGUUACAGCCCAAGCAUGCUUGGUUCCCACCGCCGAGUUGCCGCCCGCGAUGCGGUGAAAGCCAGCCCCGUUCCAUGUCGGGCAUUCUACCCAAGGGUCGGUGGAUAUCAACCAACAAAUGCUCCUCUUUCCCUUGGCAACAUCCGCCAACUGGAGGGAUACCGCUUCUGACUGUCGUUCGAUCCAGCCAGCCUUCUUUAAGCAGGCCUGCUGAGCCGAUGCCCAUCUCCCCAACGUAA